CACCUAAUCAUAAUUCAUAAACCAUUUUAUGGCCAACAAUUAUUCCACGUUGCCUCAUUUCAUCUAUAAAAUCUGCUCGCACAAAGUCGUUUCUUCACUCUGCUCAAUCCAUUUUCCCCAAGCUUGAGCUUCUUCUCAGUUAUACUCCAUUUCAGAGCAAGUAUUGCAGCUGAACAAUAGCAUAACACCAAGGCCAGCGUUUAUUUCAAAUCAUCAUCCACCGGUAAAAACAAAACUUUCAUUAUCAGAUUCAAAACAAACCAAUAUUUAUACUGAUUGCACUUCCAUAAGUACCAUAGAAAACUCUCACUUAUAAUCAACAGCCAGAUUUAUAUAUUGUAAAUCUAAGGUAUAUUAGAUAGUGUAUUAAUAAUAAGCAAAGAAGAAGAAAUCCUGCCACAGCAAACCAACACAUCACAUACAUAUGUUUACCUUGGGACUAAAGAACUCAAGACAUCAGAGAUAUGAGGGAGACCGCCGAUCUUCGUCGGAGGGGAGAUUUUCUGGGUUCCCUUUUGGGAGACGAAGAAUAGGUAGGUGAGGGAGAUAAGGGCGGGGAGGACGUUGGCGGUGGUGGCCGGCGGCGAUUUUGCCGGGGAAGGGAGGCGGCAGCGUGGCAGAGAGGGAGAGAGGGGAAAGUUGGGCCGGAUCUUUUUCCUUCUAGGCUUGUGUAAUUUAUCUUGUUGGGCUUAACAGAUUUUGGGUCUAAUAUCGGAGGAUUUUUUUUUUUGAGCCACUAAUAUUAGAGGAUUUUAUUUGGGGUUUCAUUAUUAUUUUUAGAAUUGGCUAAGACUAGGGCUGAGAAAUAUACCGAAAAUUCGGUAUACCGGUCAUACCGUACUGAAAAAUACCGAAUUAAGGUAUAUCGAAUUUUUCGGUAAGGUAUGAUACCGUACCGAAGAUUUAUGGUAAGGUAAAAGUAUGAAUUUUCCAGAUAUUGAGGUAUACCGAUGUAUACCGGUACAACGAUAUAUAUCAGAAAAAUAAUAAAUACCUUAUUAAAGGUAUAUAUCGAAACAAGGUAUGAUACCGUAUUACCGGUAUAUAUCGUCUAAAAGUAUAUACCAUUGAUGUGGUAUGAUACAUUGCCUGAUAUACCGCAAUUUAUGGUAUAUACCAGUAAUAUGGUAUCAUACUUUGUCCGGUAUGAUACUGCAAUUGUCGGUAUACCAAAAACAGUUCAAAAACGUAAAAAAUGGUCAAAUUUUUUAUUUUUUCAAUUAGUGGCCAAAUCUUGUAUUUGCAUCUUCAAAAUGGCCAUAUGAAUAUAUUGUUUCUUAUUUUAUUGUGUUUGAGUUUUAUUAUUGAAGUUAUUAUAUUUGUCAAAUGUGUUCAUUAGGUAAGCAAGUUAAAAAAAAUAAGUUGUUGAUAAUACCAUACUGAAACUUAUCAAUUUUAAUAUAUCGAUUAUUUUGGCAUACCGUAAAAGUAUGGUAUGCUGAAAUAUGAUACGGUAUACCGAAACGACGGUGUACCAGAAUACGGUAAGGUAUACCGAAACAAAGAUACGAUAAAAUGUAUAAGAUUUUUUCAUACCGUACUUUAAGGUAUACUUUAUUUUAGAUUUAUUAAUCUGUCGGGUGCUUCACGAGAUCAAUAAAUGGGGAAAAAUAGAGGUCUGAGAUCAUGAAGAGUAACUGUAGAAACGUGAUAGCAUGCGCACAAAAUUAAAGAUGUUUUGGUAUUACUUAGAAGUGGCUUUAUUUUUAAAACCUUCUAAGCUAUGCUUUAUGAGCAUGCAUAAUAGGUUUCAAAAAUGUGUUAUGAAAUGUUUAUAAAAUGCAAUGCCAACUGAGUACGUUAAUUCCUAACCUCAAAUAUUUUUAGGUUGAUCGGUUGGUGCUGACGGGGCAGAGCUGGGCUAGAGUCUCACUCCGUCUUUUGCUUCGCUAAUGACUAGCUUGUUAUCUUCUCUUAUAAUAUUAUACAAUAGUACGGUCUUGAGCUUAGACUUUUAAAUCAUAUUUAUAUUAAUGAAGUUAUCAUUGAUUAUGAUCAGAGUCACGAAAUUAAACUUAUGUGAUCCCAUCGCUCAAUGCUUUUCAUUUUUAUUUCUUCAAAACACGAACACCAGAUCUUAAGGGUAAAUCAUCAUGUUUAUUCAGCUCAUUCAAUUUUUCCAUUAUUUUCCCAUUUCUUUUUCUCUUGGGAAACCGGGCGUUAUAGGAAUAAUGUCCCCAUACAUAUAUCUAUUCACGAGGAAUGAGAACGAUACAGACUGGACACAUCUCAUAAUAAGCGCACACAUUUUUGCAGGGAACCCCAACCUGGGCAUAACAACUUCUAAGAAAUCCCAUUCCAUCCUAUCAUAAGCCUUCCUCAUACCUCAUAUCAAGCUUGAGUGCAGCAUAGCCCUUCUCACCUGCCUACCUUCAUUGCAAUCAAUGAUGGUACUCAAAAUUGAUAAUGACAUUGUUAGUAAUCAGACGCCAUUUGAGAAAAACACUCUGAGCUUGGUUUGAUUACUCUUCCAAGAAUCACCCGUAAGCGUUUCACUAGAACUUUGGACACAAUUUUGCAUAUUGUGUUGCACAAACUGAUCAGCGAAAGUCCGCCACUUUCUCCGGUUGGUCGAUCUUUAGGAUUAACUGAAUUAAAGUUUUGUCUCACUCAUUAUUCAAAGCAUUUAGAACAUGUUGCGUGAUAAAACCACAGACCGCGGCCCAAAAUCUUUGAAAAAAUAUGCCAUUAAAACCGUUCGAACGCUGCCCUCCGAACUUCAUCAGAUUCGAAAACUUUUGUUAAGUAGAUCAACAUCCACUACAAAAAAGCGCCGAUUUACCGACGGAAGCUCCGCCGCCGGCGAUUACCGGCGGCUUUCCGACGGCGGAGCUGCCGACCCGUAGUUUUUGAAUAUAUGGCGUUAAUACCGGCGGCAAAAUCGCCGCCGGUAAAUAUUAAAGCCGCCGGGAAAUUUUUUAUUUUUAUUUUUUUUAAUAUUUAACAAAUAGCGGCGGCAAGAUUGCCGCCGGUAAAAAGAGUGCGGGUCGGGCUUUAGCAGCGGCAAUGGGCCGCCGCUAAUUUUAAAGCCCAAAAUCGGGAGCCCUAACCCUCUCUCCUCUAGAACAGAACACCCCCCCCUCCAGCCCCCUGCCCCCCCCUCCCCUGCCGCUGCCCUGCUGCUGCUGCCGCUUGUCGCCGUCGCCGGUCGCCGCCGUCGCCUCCGUCAAGGCCAAUCCUGCCGCCUCACCGCUCCUGCCACCGCACGGUUCCGCUGUCGACUCCCACGUGCGAUUGUAAACAAAUAAAGGGAUCCAAGCAGUAAAACAAUGACGAAAAGGGCGGUGCUGAUAGGCUGCAAUUACCCGGGCACCAAGGCGAAGCUGAAUGGCUGUAUUAACGAUGUGCGGCGGAUGCACCGCUGCCUGCUCGACCGCUAUGGUUUUCCGGCGGAACAUAUCGUGGUGCUCAUAGAUACGGAAGGUAGCGCCAACGCGCAGCCCACCGGCAAGAACAUACGCGCCGCCCUUUCCAACAUGGUGGCCUCCGCCAAGGCCGGCGACAUCCUGUUCGUGCACUACAGCGGCCACGGUGUCCGCCUUCCCGCCGACGAUGACGACACCGGCUAUGAUGAGUGCAUUGUCCCCACUGACAUGAAUCUCAUCACUGAUGACGAUUUCCGAGAGCUGGUUAACAAAGUAGCGAAGGGCUGCCGGAUCACCAUCGUCUCCGACUCCUGCCACAGCGGCGGCCUAAUCGACAAGGCCAAGGAGCAGAUCGGCGAGAGCACGAGGCCGAACUGGAAAGCACAAGUCACCAACGUCGAAAAACCGCCGCCGGGAUCACUGAAGAACUUGUUGGACGCCGCCGCCCCAAAGGUUAAGAAGUUGAUGAAAAAGGUGAAGAGGAAGUUUCUAGGCCAAGAAGUUGAGCACCUCGUCACACCCAAAUCUCUACCGCUCUCGACUCUCAUCGAGAUACUGAAGCAGAAAACGGGGAAGCUCAACAUCGGCGUGGGCGAGCUGAGGCCGACCUUGUUCGCCAUGUUCCGCGACGACUCCACCCCAAAGGUUAAGAAGAUCAUGACGGCGGUGAUGUGGAAGUUUCUAGGCCGCGGCACAGAUGGUGGGAUCCUCAUCAGCGGAAGCCAAUCGGGCGAGGAGGCGGCGGAGGUGACCCCCGAUGGCGACGGGAGCCGUGCCUACGGCGCCCUAAGCAACGCGAUUCAGGAGAUCAUCGCCGAGAUGGGCGGUGAGAUGAGUAACCGGGAGCUGGUUGUUAGGGCGAGGGAGCUGUUGAUGCGGCAGGGCUUCACGCAGCACCCGGGCCUCUACUGCACUGAUCUACAUCUUCACGAUCGUUUUAUUUGCUGAUUUUUGUGUCGCCUGUUUUUCUGAGUGAAUUGAAUUGAUGUGCCAUUAAUUAAGGCUAUUCGUUUGAAAUUUAAACAGAGUUUCAAAACUAUUAUUGUGUUUUGGGGAGAAAACUGGUUAUUAAUUUGACAUUUAAACAAAAAUUUAAAAUUAUCAGGUUGACAGC